CGGCAGCGGGCCUGGCGGCUGUAGCGGCCUCCCCAGGGAUGCUGUACCUGGUCGGGCUGGGCUUGGGGGAUGCCAAGGACAUCACGGUGAAGGGGCUGGAGGCGGUGAGGCGGUGCCGCAGGGUGUACCUGGAGGCCUACACCUCCGUCCUCACGGUGGGCAAGGAAGCGCUGGAAGAAUUUUAUGGAAAAGAAUUGAUUUUGGCUGACCGAGAAACGGUGGAACAAGAAGCAGAUAGCAUUUUAAAAGAAGCUGAUGUUUGUGAUAUCGCAUUUCUUGUAGUUGGUGAUCCUUUUGGGGCCACAACACACAGUGACUUAGUACUACGUGCAGUAAAAUUGGGGAUUCCAUACCAGGUCAUUCAUAAUGCUUCAAUAAUGAAUGCAGUGGGCUGCUGUGGUUUACAGUUGUACAGUUUUGGAGAGACAGUUUCUAUAGUUUUCUGGACAGAUACAUGGAAGCCAGAAAGCUUUUUUGACAAGAUUGAGAAGAACAGGCAGAAUGGAAUGCACACACUGUGCUUACUUGAUAUUAAAGUGAAGGAGCAGUCUCUGGAGAACUUAAUGAAAGGAAGAAGGAUUUAUGAGCCACCACGCUACAUGAGUGUGAAUCAAGCUGCAGAACAGCUUCUUGCUAUCAUUCAAAACAGGAGGCUCCAAGGAGCAGAACCAGAAAUUACUGAAAACACAAUUUGUGUUGGCCUUGCACGUGUGGGUGCUCUGGAUCAGAAGAUAGCUUCAGGCACACUACAUGAGAUGUCUACAGUGGAAUUAGGUGGUCCACUACAUUCUUUGAUUGUUACAGGCACUAUGCAUCCUCUGGAAUUAGAAAUGCUUAAGCUUUUUUCUGUAGAUAGUUCCAGUUUUGAAAAUAAUGCAUUUCAAAGGACCAUUUAAAUAAAAUGAGGCAU